CAUCGCAAUCUAUAGUCUAAAGUUCAUUUUUUAUUAUAUCUGUUUCCGUCAUCUGUCAUAUCAGAAUAAUAUUAACUUUGUAAGGUUAAAGUCAAGGUUGAAGUUUAAAUUUAAUUGAAUGUUUUUGUUUAAAUUUUUAACCAAUACAUUUUAUAAUUAUAUAAGCUUUAAUAAAUUGGUUGCCUGGAGUUUCUACGCCUGGACUUGUAAACUGGAAUAACUGGAUUUUAAGCUCAACGAUCAUCACUAAUAAACGUUCAACAAAAUGGAUCUUUUAUACUGUGAUGCAGUUGCAGUUCACUCACUUACUUGGUACCUGAAGUACGUUGGUAUACCAUUGACCAUUGGUGUGACAAUGUGUAAAUUAUUCAAUUGUAUCACCACAAAUAGACGUCGUGCUGCAUUGCAAGGAAAGGUAGUAGUAAUAACUGGUGCAAGUUCUGGGAUAGGAGAAGCAUUGGCUCAUGCAUUCUAUGAACAAGGAAGUAAAGUAGUGUUAGCUGCUAGAAGAAAAACAGAAUUGGAGAGAGUAAAAAAUGACCUAAUGUCUAAGAAUCUGUCUAUUCCAACACUGGAACCAGUUGUAUUGGAGUUGGACCUUAUGAAAUUGGGAGAAAUGAGUUCAUUUGUUCAACGUGUCUAUGACGCCUGUGGAGACAUAGACAUUUUGAUUAACAAUGGAGGUAUCUCACAUCGAGGAUCAAUAUUGAAUUCUAAGAUAGAUGUUUUCAAGAGUAUUAUGGAUGUUAACUAUUUUGGCUCUGUUGCUCUAACAAAAGAAUGUCUUCCAAAAAUGGUUCAACGUAAAUCUGGUCACAUAGUAUUUGUGAGUUCAGUCCAGGGACUCAUUGCCAUACCUGAGCGCUCUGCGUAUGCGGCGGCAAAACAUGCUAUGCAAGCCUUUGGAGAUUCUCUUAGAGCAGAAAUGCAUCAGCAUAACAUCAAUGUUACAGUUGUCAGCCCUGGUUAUAUAAAAACUGCUAUAUCUUUAAAUGCAUACACAGGAUCUGGUGAAGCCCAUGGAGUAAUGGAUAAAAGCACCGCUGCUGGUUUCUCUCCAGAAUACACUGCAAACAGGAUCCUUAAUGGAAUUGUGAACAAAGAAAAAGAUUUGGUUAUUAGCCAGUUUUUACCCAGUUUAGCUGUAACUCUAAGACAUUGUACACCAUCAUUGUAUCACUGGAUUAUGGCAAAGAGAGCUGUCAACACAUCUUAGUGGCCUCAACUUUUAACAUAAGUACUUUACAAAGAAAGAGAUUUAUGUCCAUAAAGAUUUUAAUGAAAACUUUUACGGGCACUGUUUAUUUUCUCUAAUGGCAAAGGGGUUUUUAUUAGUUUUAAGGAGGACACUUUUUAAUUAUAAUUAUAUAAGAAAUUAUAUUAUUCUUUUAUAAAUACAAUUUGUAUUUCCGCAAUAUGUAUCUUGUGCCAUUACCAAACUUGUGGUAUCAAUAGGAUAAAUUUAUUUUAGAUUAGGAAGUAACAUUGACAUUGCUAAUUAUAAACUGUCGUAAAUUAAUACUCAAAUUGUUGUUAGCUAACUUGCUUAUUUAUGGUGAAAGACUGAAGAAUGUUGCAAUUGUUUUACAAUUUUAAUUUAUAAAGUUAUUUGAUUGAUUUCACCUUCAUCAAUAAUUGCUACAGUUUUAUUUACUUAUGGUUCAUAUUACAGGGUUAUUUUUAGUCAAUAUUACAUAAUACUAUUUUAUCUCGGACAAAAGUAUAAAUGAUAUUGCACCAAUGUGACACACUCAUGAUUAGAUUAUAUGAAUAAGCAAAUUGUAUUUCGAACAAAGCACCUUUAAUAUAUUACGAUUAUUUUAAAAAUUAUUGAAAAUGUUUACUACUUAAUUAUUGUUUUUAAUUAUUAUGGGCACAAUAGCAAUUUAAUAUUAUAAAGGUAUAAAUAAAAACAAUCAUUCAAAUUG